CUGUUAUAGCUUUAUAACACAACAGCCACGACAUAUGAUUGGCUGCGGCACUGCAGGUCUCUUUGUGCGACUGUAAGGAGUUCAGUUCUCAUACAAAUCACAAUGGAUGAGAAGCCAGCGAGCUAUGCCUGUCUUCUCCAUCAUUAGCAUCUGCCGUGGGUUUAGAAUAGGUGACAUUACAUUCUUUUGACGUUUCAUUUUCUUAUAACAAUUCGUACUGAAACUGCUGUAACCAGCGUAGUCUAUUAGGGGUGAAUGUAUCCCACAGAAUCACGGAACAAGUGCUUUAGUGAAGAGAUGGUGAGUGCGUCGGAUGGAAGCGUUCUACAGAAUGAGGAGAGGGUAGCGGCAGAGCCGGCGACAGCAGAGAUGCACCAGGCGUCGGAGGCGCUGAAAGAGGACGCGAAGGGCAAACGUGCUCAGAACAUCGUCUGGAGAAAUGUAAUCCUGAUGACCCUGCUGCACAUCGGGGCAGUUUAUUCCCUCUUCCUCAUCCCCAAGGCGCACCCCCUUACCUGGAUAUGGUCCUACCUGUGCUUCCUGAUCACAGCUCUGGGGGUGACAGCAGGAGCCCACCGGCUCUGGAGCCACAGGUCCUACAAAGCCAAGCUGCCUCUGAGGAUCUUCCUCGCUGCUGCUAACUCUAUGGCCUUCCAGAAUGACAUUUAUGAGUGGUCACGUGACCACCGGGUCCACCACAAGUACUCGGAGACAGACGGUGACCCCCACAAUGCAAAGCGUGGCUUCUUUUUUGCCCACGUGGGUUGGCUCUUUGUCCGCAAGCACCGGGACGUCCUCGAGAAGGGCAAGAAGCUGGACUUCAGCGACCUCCUCGCAGACCCUGUGGUGGUAUUCCAGAGGAAAUACUACAAUACCUCAGUGCUGGUGAUGUGCUUCCUGGUACCCACGGUGGUGCCCUGGUACUUCUGGGGUGAGACCCUGUGGAACUCCUACUUCCUCUCCUCCAUCCUGCGCUACACCAUCUCCCUCAAUGUCACUUGGCUGGUCAACAGCGCCGCCCACAUGUAUGGCAAUCGGCCCUAUGACAAGGACAUCAGCCCCCGGGAGAACCGCUUUGUCACCUUCGGAGCAAUCGGCGAAGGCUUCCACAACUACCACCACACGUUCCCCUUUGACUACUCCACCAGUGAGUUCGGCCUGCGCUUCAACCCUACCACUUGCUUCAUCGACCUGAUGUGCUGGCUGGGCCUGGCCAGCAACCGCAAGAGGGCGUCGUCCGAGAUGAUCCAGGCUCGCAAACUGAGGACAGGGGACAAGAGUGCCUGAAGAGAGCCUACCUCUGCAUCAGGGAAAGCAGAAUCACCAUAAGAGGUCUCCCCAACAGAGAAAGAGAGAACAAACCACCCCCACGUGAUAAGGGAAAACAAAGCAGAUGUCAUGAUGUUUUUAGGAUAGGAUAGCAUUUUAAAGAGGUUCUUCUCUUCUGGCCACAGUUUGUUUACCUUCCUCACCUCCUUCUGUUCCUCUUUAUUUCUAUGGUUUCUUUUUUGGAUGGGGAUGGGGUGAGGUUAAUUUAGUUUUGCAACAGCCUGUGUUUGAAGUGUUCAGCUUCCAUUGUUAGAUUUCUUGGGAUUUGUCAAUGUGGUUAUCAGUUAAUUCUUUGCAAUGUUACCUUUUGGGAAAUAAUAAUUGUUGAAUCUGUAUGCUCCAGAAAAGCCAGCUGAGAUGCCUUUGUGAUUGAAUCACGAUUAAUGCUCAUAUGUGCAUUGUGGUUUUAAAGCUGCAAUUUGUUUCAAUCUUAGGAAAGGUCAGAAGAGGCAGAUAGCAGCUCAGUCCUUAUAGUGAAAUGGUCAAGAUUACUGCAGCUUAAUAUGCUCACUUGAUUCAGUGUACGGAUAAUCCUUAUUCUAUGGGUAUUUUCCCUGUCAUCACGUCCUGCUUUCUAUUUCACUUCCUGCUUCCUGUUUCACUUCCUGCUUUCUGUCUCUCCUGGGCUUAUUCCAAUCACUUAUUUUCACCCAACUGGGGUUGCAAUCUGUUUCACUUCCUGCUUCCUGUUUCACUUCCUGCUUUCUGUCUCUCCUGGGCUCAUUCCAAUCACUUAUUUUCACCCAAAUGAGGCUGCAAAGAAAUGAUGCUAAAAAAAUAUACGAGGACAGAGGAAUCAAGGCAUGUAUUAGGUAAAUGGAACAUCCUUGCUCAGUCAGUGUCAGUUUGAAGCAAUGUUGAUUACAGAUGUGGCAGGUGGGGAAAGGUGGAUCCACAGGUUGAUCAUUUAUACAUCAUGCAUUCUGAAAAAAGUAUUUCUGCAAAGGAUGCACUCGUGUAUCCUUGCUGAAGCACCCUCCAGAAGCCUCCUCAUUUUUAACUCCUCCUAGGAGUAUUUAACAGAUUGGAACGUCCUCAAAGAUGGCAGAUCUCAAUCGAUUUCUAGGUCAGGUGAAGAUGGAAGAGAAAAGGAUGGAUAAAAUAAGCAAUUGGAAUUGGAGUGUGGUGUGCAGAUCUGGGGCCUCAUAUAUAAAAAUGUUUUUGGACUUAAACAUAAUCUUAAGAUCAUUUCCCAAGUUGUGUUUGCACUCGAUUUAUAAAAAUAACUGAGACCAAAAAAAGCUCCUUACAUUGGCUUAAAGUGAUGUAUCUGCUUCUUACGCACCUGUUCUAUAUACAUUUCAAAUGAACUUUAAUUUGAACUCCAAUAAUGUGAGUGCACCUAUGACUGAAUACUAGUUUUCUCAUGUAGCACACUAUUUAUAAAUAUUUUAAAUAAAACACACCUGCGAUUGAUCAUGA